AUGGCUAAGAAGCAGACAAUGGCUCGUUGCAUUGCGUACCAACGUUCAGUAACACAAGACGAAGGAUCUUCGCCUGGUCCAUCCAAGGUGCAAGCAUGGCAAAGCAGCAUUUUUUGGAGAACAGGUGCUCCUUUCUCUCUGCCAUUGCAGCGGCAUAACACAGAAAACCGACAUCAAAUAAGCAAAUCCGCAAUCCGACCCGGUGUGAUCGCUUGGGUGCCUCAGCAAAGCUUCGUUCAACAGUUUGACGAACGUGAGCCUAUUCUUGUGCAUCCAGAUUUCAAGAACAAACCGCAGGCAUUCGGACAUCCUUGUCUUGUCAUCAGCAACGCGAACAAUGAUGGGCGAGUUCUGUGUCUACAGAUCACAGCAUUUUCAAACUUUCAUGGUGGACUGCUCCAGAAAUAUCCCGAUAUUUUGCGGUUAGAUGGGCAAGUGCAAUCUCGAGCUGGUCAGCGGCAACGAUGGCUAGCCAUUCGGCACAGCGGCCCCACAGCCCUCGCAGCACAUGACGGUACGCCGCUGUUAGAUGUAAGGUGUGGUGAGGUCCUCAGGGAACAGUCUUACGUGAACACCGAAAAGACGUUCACCAUUCACGAGUCCCUGCUAAAGAGUAGCGGAAAAUGCCUCACCAGACAAGCGGUCGAAGCGGUCGUCCAUCACCAUAAUCUGCUGUAUUCAAAUUUUAUCUGCGGACUGGAGGAUUGGGAUCCUGCAAAGAACAAGCAGAACUGCCUGGUUGACCUCCCGUGGCCUCACGGAAAAGAAUAUCAGAACGAUUGCGGCUGA